AUGACGUCCAAAGCCACCGACUCUUCUUCACCGCCUCGGCGUCACCCGCGCUCAACUUGGGGAGAAGAGGAGUGGUUUGGGUACAUCACGAAGCUGGUAGGCCGGCAAAUAAGAAUUGCCUGGCUCUACCGGCCCAAUGACACCAUUCUGGAUGGGGGUCACUAUCCGUACAAGAACGAGAUUGGAUUCCGCCAAUUAAUCCAUCCGGCAGAAGGCGCAGACCACCGAAUACGUCUUCAUUUCUACAUCGAAGAAGGAUCUAAAACUCAGCAACUGACAACGCUGAAGACAACUCGGACAUCAAGGACGUACUGUUUGUCCGGGGCUAUGGCGCUCAGAAGGGCCGCAAGAAGCGUGAAGUGGAGAUACCACCUCGGCGGCUCUGCCCCCCGCGCCCCGGCGCCCCGGCGCCUCGGCGCCCCUGCGGCCGUGGCCGCCGCGUUCCACGUGUUGGAUGUGACGCACAUGCAAAUCGAGAAGGACUUCUGCCUGUUAUGUAUGAUCAAGUGA